AUGCUCUUAAUUGCAGUCAUAAAGGAGGCAGUUGCAACAGAGAAAGCUCCAGCCGCGUUAGGACCUUAUUCUCAGGCCAUCAAAGCCAAUAACCUUCUCUUGAUCUCUGGUGUGCUUGGUCUUAUACCGGAGACUGGUAAAUCAUCUCGGAUAGUGUAGAGGAUCAAACGGAGCAGGAAUUGAGAGUUUUGUUGAGCAAGAGCAUUAAAAGCAGAAAAAUUAA